AUGGUAGUCUAUAUUGUCAGUUCGCAGCUCGUUGAGGCUGCGUCGCGUCUUCCGUCAAACAAAAAUCGUUCUAAAAUCGUCCAUUCGCUCGUCAAUUCGCUUGGCCUUCUCAAAAAAGCCCAAGUCGUCCGACCCAUUGCGGCAACACACCGAGAGCUACGUGAAUACCACUCUGACGACUACCUCGACAUCGUCCUCGACGACAGCGCAUCAUCUUCGACGUUACAUGGUCUCACGGACGACUGUCCUGUCUUCCCAGGACUCCCAACCUACGUCCAGCUUGUUGCAGGUGCCACCCUAACGGCAGUCAAGGCCCUGCAAAUCACCGACGUCGCCAUAUGCUGGGACGGUGGGCGCCACCACGCACAGAAAUCGGCUGCUUCCGGUUUCUGUUACGUAGCUGACUGCGUCUUGGCUAUCCUUGCCAUGAGGCGCGUCAAGGAGAUUCACCACCCUCGUCCCCGUAUCAUGUACAUUGACCUCGACCUGCAUUUCUCCGACGCGGUUUCUCAGGCGUUUUAUUUGCAAAAUUCGGUCCUAACCCUCAGUAUUCACCAUGCUUCGCCUGGGUUCUUCCCCGUCUCGUCUCUUGCACCGCUCCAGCUCCCCACUCAAUUUGACCCGUCAUUUGACCCCUUUACGCUCUCUCUUCCUCUACAACCUGGUGCCUCAUGUUCAACAUACAUGGCCGUGUUUCCCCUUGUGCAAAAGGUCGCGGAAGUAUUUGCGCCAACACAUGUUAUAAUUCAAUGCGGCGUUGACGCGUUAUCGGAGGAUCCCCAUGCGAUAUUCAACUGGUCCCUCUCACUUGACCAGCCUGGAUCAAUGGGCUAUUACAUUCAUCGUAUUCUCACGACUUUUCCGGGGAAAAAGCUCUUACUCGGCGGAGGAGGCUACAACUCCCCUAAUGCAGCUAGAGCCUGGGCGUAUCUGACGUCUGUCGCUUUAUCUGAUCCAUUACCCAUUAGUACUGAAAUUCCCUACGACCAUCCCUUUUUCCCAUUGUACGCCCCUUCAUUCACCCUUGACGUCCCAGAAGGGACUAUGCAGGACCAGAACACUCCAGAAUAUCUUACUCACAUCAUAGACUCGUUCACGAAGCAUAUCAUUCCUGCCCUUGAAAACGCAAUUACACCAAAAGCGCCUUGA